AAUUUCAAGGUACUCACAUGAAUUACCACUGAUUUUUUUCUCAAAAGGGAACUCUAACUCAUUUUAAUAUUGAUCGCUUACCUGAUUUCCGUAAUGACAGUAGCAUCAAGCAGGUGUUGGACUGGUACCAGUCAGUUAAUGCGGCGAUGCUCAAUCAUCUGACUAAUCAGAUAAAGGAGACGGAUAAUAGUGGAGUGUGGAGACUGCUGAUCGCGUUCAAGAACAUUCUGCGCGCCAUCGAGAACAUGGGAAUCGCCGUGGUGUACGGCAUCAACUACUUCGGGCGCGGCUCCCUCAAGACCAACAACUACAUCAACUACGUCCGCCAUGAGGCGCUGGGCAGCGACCUGCUCAACUCCUCCUUCACCUACGUGCCCUCGCUCAAGGCCUCCUACCGCCGCCUCACCGCCAACAUGACCGACUACGGCUUCAUCCUGCGCAAGUGAGUCGACUGCUCGGCGG